AUGGCAUCCUCCUCCACAAACAAGACUUCCGCCAACGCCUCAAGCAGCACCCCAUCCGGCCGCCGCAAGUGGACGUUCGAGCAGUACAUGCAAGUCCGCAUCAUCGCCUGGGAGACCGCCUCAGUUCGUGGUCUCAUCAGCGAUGAGAUCAUCCCCGACAUCUUCGCCGAGCUGAACUCCGAUGCAAAGCGCUUCCCAGUGUCCAACUUGGUCGACCAUCGCACCAAGAACGAGGACACGAACCAAGCGAAGGCGAUGCACCAGGCUUGGCGCACCUGUGGUUGGAAGGGAGUCCCGUACACCGAGGCGGACAAGGAGUUGAUGGUGGAGAUUCGUGAGGCGAUUCGCGAGACUGCUGCGUAUAAGAAGUAUCGCGCUGAGCAGUUGGCGAAGACUGGGGAUAAGGGCGAGGAUGUGGGGGAGCUGGAGGGAGGUGAGGCGGAGAAUGAGGAGUAG